AUGGAAGAGGACUACCGGCCGCCAAUGUUGAGACACGCGGACGGACGAUCGGCCGCACCUCUCCUCUACGCAGAAGGCACUCCGGACCGGGGCAGGAUGUCGUACAUCGGCUCCCGCCGCGGCAGCCCCCAGGCGGCGCUGCUCAGCGCCACGGGCGCCGAGACGCCCACGCGCCCGACCUUCAGCCGCCGCUCGACGAUGCGCUCGCGCAGCCCGCCGGCCCACGCCCGCAUGGCCGCGCGCAAGAAGUACAUGUACGCCGCCUUCUUCCUCGUCGUGUCGCUCGUCUCCUUCACCGUGCAGACCAUGCUCGGCGCCUGGGUGCAGCGCAACGGCUGGGACAAGGCCUACUGCAUGCUCUACCUCACGCACGGCUCGUGGGCGCUGCUGUGGCCGGUGCAGCUCGCCGUCCUGCGCUUCCAGAAGCGCGACGUGCCCUGGCCCGCCUUCUGGCGCCGGCACGUCUCCCUCGUCCGCUCCACGGCCCAGAUGGUCGAGCGCCAGGACCUCGACAUCCCGCGCCCCUACCAGUCGCUGAGCCCCGUCCCCUACAUGCUCCGCACCACGGCCUUCAUCACCAGCGCCCUGACCGUCGCGGGCCUGAGCUGGUACGUCGCCGUCAACAUGACGACGCCCAGCGACCUGACGGCCAUCUACAACUGCAGCGCCUUCUUCGCCUACGCCUUCUCCGUGCCCAUCCUCAAGGAGAAGCUGCGCGCCGACAAGAGCAUCGCCGUCCUCAUCGCCAUCGCCGGCGUCAUGGUCGUCGCGUACGGCGACACGCGCUCCUCCUCCUCCCCGCCUCCCUCCUCCUCGCCCCUCGACGGCGUGGACGCCGCCAUCGAGGCCGCCAUCCUGCAGGAGGAGGCCCUGGCCGCCGGCAAGCGCUUCAUGGGCAACGUCAUCAUCGGCCUGGGCAGCGUGCUGUACGGCCUCUACGAGGUCAUCUACAAGCGCUACGCCUGCCCGCCCGACGGCUGCAGCCCCGGCCGCGGCAUGAUCUUUGCCAACACCUUCGGCUCCAUGAUCGGCUGCUUCACGCUCUCGGUGCUCUGGGUGCCCAUCCCGCUGCUGCACUGGCUCGGUCUCGAGACCUUCGCCCUGCCCACGGGGAAGGUCGCCUGGUACCUGUUCCUGUCGGUCGUCAUGAACGCCACCUUCGCGGGCAGCUUCCUCGUUCUGAUUAGUCUGACGAGCCCCGUGCUGACGAGCGUCGCGUCCCUGCUGACCAUCUUCAUCGUCGCCGUCGCCGACUGGCUCGUCAGCGGCGAGCCGCCCGCCGCCGCGGCCAUGGCGGGCGGGUGCAUGAUCAUCGUGGCCUUUCUGAUGCUGAGCUGGAGCACGUGGCGCGAGAUGGCCGAGGAGGAGCGCCGGCGCGAGGUCGACAUCGCGAGCGACGACGACGACGACGAGAGCGGCGAGAGCGACAAGGAUGACGUCUAG